UUCCACUUAGUUAAGAAUUUGUGUUUGGGAAACUGAGAUAGUGUUUGUAUGUUUCUUAAAGAAACCGAAUUCAAAGUUGGAUUACACUAAGUUCAAGAUAUAUUAUUUGCUUCAGCGACGUUCAGUGUGGAUUAUAUACCAUAUAAAUAGUGUGGCAUCGCAGCUGACUUUAAAAAAUGGAAGAACUAGUGUACACUGGUGACUAUAAAGUGAAGAAGUGUCAUUUUAAAUUUCCUUAGAAAGCAAAUUUAUACGGUAAAAGUGAGAAAUUUAUUAUAUUAAGUUGGCAAGAUGUACAUCACGAAGCAUGCUUAAGAAGUGCACUUACCUCAGAAUUACAGAUGGUUGGUGUGCUAAGCAAAAUGUACAGGAGAAAGCACAUUUGACAAGUGUACAUUGAGGCCAAAAGUGUACAUCCUGCAUGGUUGGUGAAGUGUGCAAGAUGCUCACUGCCAGAGUCACUAACCACUGCUUCCCACUCCUACUGAUCUCAGCUCUAACUAUAAGAGCGUCGUCGGUGGUAGAGCAAGUGGAAGGGGUGGUCAGUGGAGACCUGGUGCUACCCUGCGAGGUGCUGCCACCUGUCGGGGACCGUGUGGCUGUUAUCCUGUGGUACCGCGAUAAUCAUCCCGACGCUAUGUACACCUACGACGCACGCAACACUUCCCUGGGCUACCGGCAGCACACGCCACGGGAUCAAUCGAUGGCUAAGCGCACUCGGUUUCACCCGCAGCCGCCAGCACGUAUGGUGAUACAGGACGCCACCUUGCAUGACGCUGGGAGGUAUGAGUGUAGGGUCGACUUCGUCAGAGCUCCAUCCAAGACUACCAUCACUGAGGUACUAUCGCUGAGAUGA